GCGCGCCCCGCCCGCGGCGGGAACGGGCCCGGCAGAAGCAUGAGUUAAGUUUCAUCCCAAAAAAAGCUCAAGGUGCCCGGUAGGGAGUCUGGAUGAUUUGAAUUGCAAGGAAAUAAGAUCCCCAGCACUUAGUAAGGUCUCCCUUUGACUACUGUUACUGAGGCCCAGGGAAGACUGCCUGGAUCAGAAGGUUCCAGUCCAGAGACGUGGAGGAUGUGUGGAGGAGCACUGGAUGUUUAUUCUGUUCUUCCCCAGGCUCCUGCUCUUGACCUGGGCUGGAGAGCCGGAUACAGGGAGAGCAGGUAUAAGGACUGCAGCACUGAGGACAUAACACCAGCUUUCUGGAGCUCACAUAAGAGGGUGGUGACAAACCAGAAGAACAUGUGAUGUAGCUGCCUUGGGUCCAUGCUGUGGGCUGGAGCAGUGGGUUGAAUCUUCCUGAGCUAUGCCAAGAAAAAGAAAGCUGUUGGCUCAAUUAAGUGCUCUUCAAAACAACACCAGCUUCCCUCAGAUCGAUGCCGUGGAGCAGCUGAACACUACACCUGGAACAGAUCCUUCUCCAAAAAGCAGUAAAUAUUUUGUGAUAGAGAAAAAAACUUCUCAGCUACAAGAAGAUUUUUUCAACCAGCCCUGUGUUAGUCUGGCCAAGUCGUUUCUGGGACAGAUUUUAGUUCGCAAACUUCCUGAUGGCAGAGAGCUCUGGGGCAGGAUUGUUGAAACAGAAGCUUAUCUGGGUGGGGAAGAUGAAGCUUCCCACUCAAAAGGUGGGAAGCAAACACAACGGAACGCAGCAAUGUUCAUGAAACCAGGAACUCUGUACGUGUAUCAGAUCUACGGGAUUUAUUUCUGCAUGAAUGUUUCCAGCCAAGGAGAAGGGGCUGCAGUGCUGCUGCGUUCCUUGGAACCUCUGCAGGGCUUGGAUGCCAUGAGGGAGCUGCGCAGGGCCUCCAGGAAAGCACCCACCAGGCUGCUCAAGGACUGGCAGCUCUGCAAUGGGCCCUCCAAGCUCUGCCAGGCCUUUGGCAUCGACAAGACUUUUGACCAAAGGGACCUGACUCAGGAUGCUGCCAUCUGGAUGGUGCCUGGACAGGACCCACCGGGGGAGCAGGACGUGGUGGCCACCACCAGGAUUGGCAUUGGCAACAGGGGAGAGUGGGCACAGAAACCACUCAGGUUUUAUUUACGAGGAAACAGAUUUGUGAGUGUUGUAGACAAGAAAAUUGAGAGAGAGAUGGCAGCAAGGGGACACUCCCCUGGCAGCUGACUAGUCUUGAAUGUGUCCCAGGGACCAGGACUUGAGCUAUGCUCUGUACAGUGGCCUCAGGCUGCAUCAUGGCAGAUAGAGGGGCUUGGGGGGUUUUUAACAAUAAAUGUAUUUUGUCACAA